AUGUUUUCAGCAAAUGAAAAUCUGGCUUUGCGCCAACACAAGAAGAAGGUUGUGUCGUUUGUGGAAGCAUGUAUACCCGAAGAGGCACUGGACAUGGGAACGAUCGUGAUGGCCAUGCAGGUCUCGUGCAAGGCCCCUGGUUGUGUCCCAUUGGAGACAGCCAUUGUCAUUGUAUUUCCAAAACUGGGCGAAGAGUUAAUUGCUGGAUUGUCGGAAUCCUGUGGUGGGAACUACAAGACCAAAGUGUUAAAGCCCAUGGCGGAAGUGACCAAAGAAGAUGUUUUGGAAGCUUUGCCUUCAGCAUUUCCUGGGGGCAAAAGGUCCAUGGAAAAGCUCUGCAUGCAAGCCAGAGAUGUGAUGCUGGGACAAAUCACGCAGCUAUUUGGUGAGGAAGAUCAGCAAGGGAGAAAAUUAAUGGCCGAGUAUUUGCAAACCUGUCUACAGGAAUACAUUGACCGCGAUUGCACCCCUCCCGAAUGGGGUGGGCCUUUUCCACCAUUGUCCAAUGACAACAAGGAAGAUACAACUACUAAGGCUUCUUUGACCGGUAAGAAACCUACCGCUGAUAAUGGUGAUAAGAAAAGUGACAAUCAGGAUGAAGCCACAACGACAGAAUUCAAAGCAACCAACCCACCACCAGAAAAACCGGCAGCUGCGGUAUCCCCACCACCUUCCAAAGGCAACUUUGUGUUCAAGCGACCCAUUGAUAGUGAGGAGGAACCGCCAAACAGCACUGAAUCGGAGCCUAUCAAUAGCGAUCGGCAGCAUGUCUUCUCCUCCUUCACGGCCUCCACCAACAUUGCUCGUCCCUCAAAAAACAAUUCACAACCACAACCUCCUCCCAAACCAACUGUGUCCUCUUCACAAAAUAUUAUUGUGCAACUUGGAGAGCGACAGCAUGCUCCUGGAAUACGUCAACCUGGGUGUCCUUGUUGUGAUCCUGACAACACGAACAAUCUGCUAGACCAGAUGAUGGCCAUGUGA